ACGAAAAGAACCUCCAAUUUUUAUAAUGAGAAUUAUUGCCGUGUCGCAUGCUUUACAGUUUCUUGAAUUGUUAUGCACGUGUUAACGAAGCGUACACGAGAAUAAUGUACAUAACCUCAAUCUGUGAUUAUAUAUUAUUUUUCAUAUCUGUUUUUUAUAUGACCCAUGAAGAUGUACAUGAAUGUUAUUUUUACGUAACACGUUCGGGCGAAUAAAUUGUAUACAAAAACAAAGUUAAACAAAUACUACUGCCGGUAUAAAAUUCGAAAGAGCUGGUGUUAAAGAGUAUUGAUUGAGGAAUGGAAGAGUACGCGAGAGAACCAUGCCCUUGGCGUAUAGUAGAUGACUGUGGUGGUGCAUUCACGAUGGGUGCGAUCGGUGGUGCUGUAUUUCAAAGUAUUAAAGGUUUCCGCAAUGCACCCAGUGGACUAAACAAGAGGUUUAUGGGAAGUCUAAUGGCUGUCAAACAGAGAUCCCCAAUUAUUGCUGGAAAUUUUGCACUAUGGGGUGGAAUGUUCUCUACGAUAGAUUGUACAUUGGUACAUCUAAGGAAAAAAGAAGAUCCUUGGAACUCCAUUAUUAGCGGGGCAGCUACUGGUGGAAUAUUAGCGGCCAGAAACGGUUUACCAGCUAUGGCUGGUAGUGCAAUUAUCGGAGGAGUGUUGUUGGCUUUAAUAGAAGGUGUUGGAAUAUUUGUCACACGUUUAUCCGCGGAUCAAUUUAAACCUCCAUCUUUCACGGAAGACCCAACGCAUCUGGGACAAACAUCACAGGGUCAUCCAUCAUAAAACAUUAUAAAUACUUAGAGACAUUUCAAAUUACCUUCAACUAAUUAAGUACAAAACGUUUCAUAUUGCUUGAAACAACAGUAGUUGAAAGCUAUCGUAUUGCCAGUGCAUCAAAUCUGUAUAGACAAUUCAACUCCUUGAUUUAAGAAAUAAUAAUAGUUUGGUUUUUA